UCCGCCGUGGCUGAGACGCGGAGGGCGGGCGGACGCGCCGGGUCGAGGUCGCCGGCCCGGAGCGCGGCUGGCUGAAGGAAAGCACCGAGUUUGUGCUACCUGCCAUUUCAAGGCCUGCCGCCGCCCCCUCCUCCUCCGCCUGGAGCCCUAGACCUUCUCCUUGAUCCUCCCCUGCACUCUAGCUCACCAUGGGGAACCACUUGACUGAGAUGGCACCCACAGCCUCGUCCUUUUUGCCCCACUUCCAGGCCUUGCAUGUCGUGGUCAUAGGGCUGGACUCGGCGGGGAAGACUUCCCUCCUUUACCGCCUCAAGUUCAAGGAGUUUGUCCAGAGCGUUCCCACCAAGGGCUUCAACACUGAGAAGAUCCGAGUGCCCUUGGGGGGGUCCCGUGGGAUCACUUUCCAAGUGUGGGACGUUGGGGGUCAGGAGAAGCUUCGGCCGCUGUGGCGCUCCUACACCCGCCGGACAGACGGACUGGUGUUUGUGGUGGACUCUACGGAAGCCGAGAGGUUAGAGGAAGCCAAAGUGGAGCUACACCGCAUCAGUAAGGCCUCUGACAACCAGGGGGUCCCCGUGCUGGUGCUGGCCAACAAGCAGGACCAGCCGGGGGCACUGAGCGCGGCCGAGGUGGAGAAGAGGCUGGCAGUCCGAGAGCUGGCAGUGGCCACGCUCACCCACGUGCAGGGCUGCAGCGCUGUGGACGGGCUGGGCCUGCAGCCAGGACUGGAGCGGCUGUAUGAGAUGAUCCUCAAGAGGAAGAAGGCACCUCGGGCAAGCAGGAAGAGACGGUGACCGCACGCUGCCCCUACCCUACCUGCUAGGGCUCAGUACACACGACAGACAGGCAGGGCCUGUGACCUCUCCGCCAGCCUGGGUGCUGGACCUGUCCACUUCAAAGGACCGAAGGAGCAUGGGGGGCCCCCUGUUUCGGUGCCACACAGGGGGAGGGGAGACGGAGCGUCUUUACUGCCCUUCACCUGUAGAGGGUGGAGGCUGCAAGACGCAGAGACAAAUACAAAUGCCGACUCUACCUCGACCCUGGUUCUCCUUUUCCUUCCCUAGCGUUUUUUAUUUGGAUGUAUGUUUUUACUUUUUCAGGGGGAGGGUGUGCAGGAAGUUGUCUGGAGAAUGCUUUUGGGAAUGAAUGGGGAACAUCUUCCCUCUCCCCACCUUGGGGGGUUCUCCUCAGCUACUCUCCUAAGUCACAGCCUUUUCAGAGUCUGUGAAAGUGCCAAGAAUCCUGCUCACGUUUGUAGAUCCCCGGCCUUUUUUUUAAUAUAUAAGCCUUGUGUGUCCUUCGUAUUACUGUUUUUUAGCAUUUGCCUGUAAGUUAUUAAAGUCGGAUGAUUCUA